CUAUAAAUACAUCAAAACAGCCCAUGUUCAGCACAUCAAAAACAGCAAGGAGUUAUUAUUACAUCAAACAUCUCUCUCUACUCCAUCCUCCCACACACUCAUUCCCCCUCUACCAAUUUUCUUGAUUUCCCUCAGAAAAAAUUGCAGCUUUGCAUCUCUUUCAACAGAGGAAGGAACAAUCUUUCAUAAAAGAGACCCACCCUGUUUUCUAUUUCUUACUUCCAAUACCUCACAUAGAAAAAGAAGAAGAAAAUGGAUUGCAUUCUUGAAAGCAGUAGCAUCCCAUUCAGUUAUGGAAGAGAUGCAGAAACCAGAUCCUCCCUCUCGCAGAACAUCCUCGCAGCUCAUUAUGGAAGAAAAGAUUCAAUUUUCUCCAAUUUCUCAGAACCAAACACAAAUAUGAACAACACCCCUUCUGUGUCUGAACCAAUUGGCUCCUCAGUCUAUCUCAGACACAGAGAUCUGCUCCAAAAGUUCUGCAGAGAAAACAGAGUAACCCCUUCUCCACAACAGCUUACAAGAACAGCUCUUCUCGAAAGUCAACUCAACGAUUCUUUAUACGUUCAGCAGACAUACAUCAGCCCGUUGAAGAAGAAGCUGUACAGAGGAGUGAGGCAAAGGCAGUGGGGGAAAUGGGUUGCAGAGAUCAGACUUCCCCAGAACAGAAUUAGAGUUUGGUUGGGGACUUAUGAUACAGCUGAAACUGCAGCUUAUGCUUAUGACAUAGCAGCUUAUAAGCUCCGAGGUGAAUACGCCCGGUUAAAUUUCCCCAAUCUUUCCGAUCCGAGCAAGCUCGGAUUCAGAGACAGCUCGAAGCUGACCGCCGUCAAGAACGCCGUGGACGCUAAGAUCCAAGCGGUUACCGAGAAGGUAAAGAGGGAGAACAGAGCCAAGAAGGAGUCCAAGAAAUCCAAGUCGAAGGGCAAUUCGGGGAAUAGUAAUGAUUCAAGAAAUUGUGAGGCGACUGUGAUAGUGGAGUCUUCUUCAUCUCCUUCUUCUUCGUUUUCUGGGUUUAGCGAUAUGGUUUCAACUAGUAGUGGCUCUGGGGAGGAGGUCUGGGAGGGCGAGAACCAGACGACGUCGGUUUCCGGCGAGAUUCCGGCGCUGCCGUCAAUUGGCUCUGAGUAUGAAUAUUUCACGCUUGAGAGGAUGCCUUCGUUUGACCCGGAAUUGAUUUGGGAAUUUCUUGCCAAUUAAAAGAACAGGACGGAUUUUGGUAAUUAGAACCAGUUAUUUAGUGUUCAUUUUUUCCCUGGUUUAAUAGUAAAAUCCACGUUGUGGAGUGUUGAUUAAAUUGUGUAAUUAGCAACCAGUCUGGAGUUUAUUUAAUUCGGCUCCCGGCUAAUCAUGAAUAUGUCUCUUUUUGUCAUCAUAUUCUGUACUUUUUUUGUCUUUUUGGAUGAAUGAAUGUAUCUCAAUAUAUACGUAGUUUAUGAGCACUCAA